CCCACAGACACACACACACACAGCCCUGCUCGGUCUCUAGUCCAGCUCUCCUCUCUCAGGCUCUCAGUCAUGGCUCGAUGCAGAAGCUACUUACGAGGACUCGCCAUCUGUGUCACUGUGUUGCUAAUGGCGUCUGGAGUCGUGAUGAUCGGAGUCGGCUUCUCCUCCAUCGACGGCAACAUACCGGUCGCUGUGUUGUUCAACCAGUUGUCCAGUAGUGAUGGUUUACACGUCCUCCAGGUGUUUGGUCCCCUCACUGUGCUUUUGUCUAUUCUGGGCGUCUGUGCUGCGUCUUUAGACACAAAGCCUCUGCUGCUGUUGUUCUCUGCUCUGAUCUUCGUGGAGUUCGUGGCUCUGAUGAUCGUCGCCUCUCCUCUGGUUCACGUUCAGGCUCAGAUGGGCGGCGCGGUGGACGAGGUGUUCCUGAACGUGACCCCUCUUCACCGGGCGGAACGUUUCAUCCAGAGUGAGCUGAACAAGCUCCAGGCUUCGGACUCGUGUUGUGGUUUGAGGAGUUUUGAAGACUGGGGCGAUCGACUUCCUGUUUCCUGCCUCUGCUCGCCGACCCCUCCCCCCUCCGACCUGCAGCUGAGCUCCCGUCCUGGUAACUGGAGCUCCGACAGGCUCUGUGUGAAGGUGGAGCGCGACCUUUACCCCCCGACCCCACAGUCCACCGAUAACUUAUGGGUUCACUCUGAGCCCUGCGGCCCCGUCCUGAAGAGCUACCUGAGCUUCCCCCUGAAACUCCGGAUCGGAAUCAUCUCAGCGUUUGCCACCAUCGCGAUGGCGGCCAUCGCCCUGUGUCUGGCUCUGGGUCUGGAGGAAUACUGGAGGACGCCUCCGGUAGAAACCACCGUCGAUGACUACAACCGAGUAAAAUACCAACCCAAACCCUGCCUCACCUGACCUCUGACCCCUGCAGAGAGUCCUGCUGACAACACAGAGCUCACAUAACCCCCCCCCCCCACACACACACACACCCACACACACACAGGCUUCAUCAUCAUUGCAUCAGUCAGACAGGAACAGACCGGGGCCUCUUCAGGGAAGCGUGGAGGCCGAUGCCAUUUCUCCAGCAGAUUGGGCGGAAGUCUCCAAUUUGAGAUGAUUAGUCAGACGCUCGAUUUCCCUUCAGCUCCGGAGUCGUCAGCGAGACUCAGGACGAUUCUCUUCUCCAUGUUUGUGGUGAUUCUCGUGUGAUUCGUGCAGAAAAGUCUCCGACAGCAGCUGAGACCUGAUCUGUGCUCUUAGAGCUCAGAUCAGGACUUCAGGGAAUGAAUUGUUACGUCUGCUGGCUGAGAACAACACUGCAUAAAGCUCUCUGCUGUUUAGUGAUGUGUGUGUGUGUGUUUGUGUGUCUGUGUGUGUGUGUGUGUGUGUCUGUGUGUGUGUGUGUGUGGUCUUGAGUUGUAGUUUUCUCCUGCAGCCACAGGGAGGCAGUAUUGUGAUAGACUCUGUCUGCACAGCUUCACGCGCUAAAAGCUUCAGCGAUAAAACCAAAACCUUGAGGACUGAACGAGUCACCACACUCCGCCCAGCGAGCACUUUAUUAGGACCCCCCCCCCCCUCCUGUGUGGGAGUCACUGAACUGCUGUAGACAACAACACAAUGUAACUGUGAUGGCACUGUGGUUUUUCACUUAUCUAUUAUCAACAAUGUAGUUUGAAAAUCAAAAGUAUUUUGUUGUGUCAAUAAAACAAACAUUAAAACACAAAAAGAACCAAAA